AUUGACGAGAACGCGCACGCAGCUGUCAGUAGGAAAUGCAGGCUGCGGGUGUUGGAUGUGCUCUGCCGCUGUGCUUUGGAUACAUCACACAAAGAAACGCCUUUUCUUUUUCGUUUCAGGGCGAGAACCUUCACGCCGAGGGCCGCUUGAAUCUGGUGAGGAAGGUCGCAGGGAGUCCGCACGUCUAACCGAAAACAUUCAGCUAGCACGCUAAGCUAACAGACAACAGGACACUAUCGGCGCUAAUGCUAACAGCUACGUUAGGGCUAAGCUAACGUGGCUAGCUCGCCGAUUUUUUUUUUUUGUUUUUUUUUUUUGGUAGCAGGACGUUUUUGCUCUCUCGAGGUCUUCACCGGUUCCUGCCCCCCCCCCUCGGUCUCGGUCUCCGUCGCGUUUUUGAUUUCACGGAGGCGGGUUUGAAACCGGAGCAGUGGCGGGGGGACGCGCGGACUCGAACCCCCUGGCUCGUACCCAGGCGGACGGAUCGCAGUGACACGCCGGUCGUGGGAGAGAUCAGAUUGGAACCAUGGCUGAACUCUCCACCCUGUCCCCAUCUCCACCUGCAUUGGGUGAUCCUCAUGCAGCUCCAUCCAUCCCUCCGUCCUCAUCAGCGCUCCCAGCUCCUAACAGCCCUGUUCAAGAGUCUGCCGUGGCGAUAGCCAUACCCAAGUCUUCCCUCUACAACGACAAAGCUUUGACUGGAAACUCUGCACAGUCAGGGGGUUCACCCUUGACUCCCCACCCACCCCUGAGUCCUCCCAAACUCACUGCUGAGAACCCCCUCACAUUAUUGGUACAAGAGCCUGCUCCACAGAAAGAGGAAUCAGGAGAGAAAGAUGCAGAGACUGGAGCUCAUGUUAUUAAACAGGAAACAAUGACCGGCGACCCGGCAGCUGCAGAGCUCUUGAAUACCGAAACAGAGACCUCAGCACUGUCAACAGGGCCAUCGGCUGAGAGCGAAGUGCAACUGGCAUCCCCCUCUCCUGAGCUCAAUGCUGGUCCUAAUCUCUACCCCAAUGUGCAUGUCACCCACAAUCCAAAUCCUGUCAUGGAUGACGGUCAGUUUACAGUGGGCCAACCCCAGGCUGCUGCAGCUUCCAACCCCACUUCUGCUCCUCCAGUAUCCACCAAUGCAGCAGCAUCAGCAACGGCUGAAGAGGAGAAACCUCAGCCACUCCAAGAAGCACAAAACCCUCAAAGUAAGCCUCCUCCUCUCUCCCCAAAGCCCGACGCUCCCAUCGAAGCAAGAAAAGCAGAGCUGCCCAGCAGCCCCACCAGAGCCGAGCACCCCAGCCCUACUGUACCGCUCAUCCAGGAGCCAGUCACUCCCUUCGCGCUGCCCAACCCCAACCCUAAGCCGGCCCCUGACACCCUCAGCUACCUAGAGUCAGCCAGCCUAAUGUCAGGGACGUUGGAGUCUCUAUCAGGGCUGGGAGAGGACGGCAGCUCUGUGGGCUCCGACUCAGAGAUCAAUGGCCUGGCUGUCAGACGCACUGAUAAAUAUGGCUUCCUGGGUGGGAAUCAGUACAGUGACAGCGGUGACAAGGAAGUUCGAGUUGAAGUUGCUAGACAGAGGGAGGUAAAAUGGCUCGACAUGUUCCACAACUGGGAUAAGUGGGUCAAACAUCGCUUCCAGAAGGUAAAGUUGCGCUGCAGGAAGGGGAUUCCAUCUUCUCUCAGAGCCAAAGCUUGGCAGCUGCUGUCCAACAGCCAGGAGCUCCUUGACGCCAACCCGGGGAAAUUUGAGGAGCUGGAGAGGGAACCGGGAGAAGCUAAAUGGCUGGACAUUAUAGAGAAAGAUCUCCACAGACAGUUCCCCUUCCAUGAGAUGUUUGCUGCCCGUGGUGGCCACGGACAACAGGAUCUCUACCGGAUCCUGAAGGCCUACACCAUCUACCGACCUGAUGAGGGCUACUGCCAGGCCCAGGCUCCUGUGGCUGCAGUGCUGCUCAUGCAUAUGCCUGCUGAGCAAGCUUUUUGGUGCCUCGUCCAGAUAUGCGAGAAGUACCUUCCUGGCUACUACAGCGCCGGACUGGAAGCAAUCCAGCUGGAUGGCGAGAUCUUCUUUUCCCUGUUACGGCGUACUUGUCCAAUGGCGUACCGUCAUCUCAAGAAGUUCAAGAUUGAUCCAAUUCUCUACAUGACUGAGUGGUUCAUGUGUAUCUUCUCACGCACCUUACCAUGGUCCAGUGUGCUGCGUGUAUGGGACAUGUUCUUCUGUGAAGGGGUGAAGAUAGUGUUUCGUGUGGGCCUGGUGUUACUGAAACAGAUGCUUGGUUCUGUGGAUAAACUUCGGGAACUACAAGGCAUGUAUGAAACCAUGGAGCGUCUAAGGAACAUCUCACCUGACACUAUCAGAGAGGAUAUAUUGGUACAGGAGAUUAUCACGCUCCCGGUGACGGAGUCGCUCAUAGAGAGGGAGUGCAGCAUCCAGGUGAAGAAGUGGCGGGAGUCCAGAGGGGAGCUGACGCACCAGCCAGUCCGUCGCCUCCAUGGCACGAGGGCCAUCUUUGAGUACAAACGGCGUGCAGCCUCGAUCAGCUCUGGUGGCAGCUUCUCUUUCCUGGGUAGCUCGAUCCCUCCACCAGGACCCCUCAGGGCCUCUUCCAGCCUCCUCUCACUCCCUGGCUUCCGCAAGUCCAAGGCUCCUUUCCAGACUAAAAAGAGCUCCUUCUCAGGGCCAUCAGGAAUGGACGGCCUGCAUUACUCCCACCCACCUGCAGUAACAUCAAGCCCGGGACGAGGCCCCAUCCAUAAACCACCCAUUCCCCCAGGGGCAGCUCAGAGGGCACCGGCAACCCAUGUUCAGAGCCCCUUAGUUGGGGCUGCAGCUGCCUCCUCACGUGGGCCUGCUCAGGCCUCAGAAGACACCUCAGCACAGGGCCAGCCUACGGCUUUGGCCCCAGCGCAAAGCACAGCACCACCACCACCCAGCACUCUAGCCCCCUCCCCUAAGAUUGUCAAUGAGCAAAUUACUCCCACUAUCCCCUCUCCCACUGCAAACAACGCACCUCUGCCGCCAUGCCCAGAUUCAAAAAAAGAAGCGGCGCCAGCUGCUGAUUCCACAACUGGAGAGGAAGAGGUGAAGAAGAAGAAGAAGAGCAAAGAAGACAAGAGGAAGGAAAAGGAAGACGAGAAGAAAAAACUGAAGGAAAAGAAGGAAAAGGAAAAGGCUGAAAAAGAGAGGCUCAGGAAGGAGAAAGAGAGGUUAGAAAAAGAGAAGAAGAAAGGGGGUAAGAAAAAGGACAAAGGGGGAGGAGACGCCGAGGACAAAAAUGGAGCUACAGCAGCGAGAGAUUCGGCCUAGUUUUCCAACCCGUCAUUCCAGGAUAAUGAAAAGGGACACUGAACAAAAAAAGAGGUCAGGGGAACAAAAGACCCCCAGAAAGAGAGAGAGUGAUUGAUGAAAAAAAAAAAAAAAAUGGGAUGGUUUUCUGUGUAAUACAUCAUUUUGAAGACUUAAUGUAGUCACAGGACUAUGGUGAAGAAAACUGGAUCAUGGUUUUAAUAGCACCUCUGGGGGCUUUUUGCCCCUCACUCAAUGCUUUCUUUUUCACAGACUUUUAGUAGGAUGGGACAGAUUUCCUUUUUCAACUUCAACUGGAGCAUGGACUGUGAAUCUAAAUGAUUUUCCAGAAGGUUACAGUCAUUAUUUCUUUUUAGUUUUUUAAAAUUCUUUAAUUUUAUUUUGUUUUUUUCAUUUUUAUUAUUUUAAUCCGAUUGAUGGCAGUAGUUAGAGAAACAUCGACUCAAGGGAUUGUUAGAUUGAAGGCUUGCAGAAAUAGUAAUGGUGCCAUAGAGUAUGUAAAUAAAACCUACAGUACAUAGGAUCCUCUUAGCACUCCGUACGCCCCCACCGGAUCUCAUCUGUGGACAGGUUAUCUGGAUUCCUGGAACAAAAAGAAAAGAAAACCCCUUCGAAGUCGUCUCGAACGCAGGCACUGAAGACAGAAAUGCUAGUAACGUUGUUGAGGAUGUAUUUAUUGUCAUGUUAAAUGUUGUGAGUGAGUGUGUGCCUUAGUAGUAUAGUGAAAUGUGUUACUGUUCUAUGUGCGCGCUCCCUGUUUUCAGUCUCCCUCUGCCUGCUUUUUUCUCUCAAGUCGAACCAUCGUUGAGUUGUGUGCGGUUCUCCGUAAAUUCUUCUGUCAUUGGAGUUAAUCUGAUGGGGGGGGAACGGAGGCCGGUCCACAAAAAGAAAGAGACAAUUAAAAAUACAGCCAGACACCAAGCAGUGGUGGCUAUUUUUUUGUUUGUUUAUGACAAAACAACACACGGGGAGCUUCUUAUUGUUUUUAUUUCUGGCCUCAAUUUCAGUCUUAUGUGUCUGACGUUGACUUUUGCAAAAAAAAAAAAAAAAAAGAAAGCGGGCACAACGUUAUUGACAAACUGGACGUAUGAAAACACGUAAUACCGAGUAGUGACCGUGCACAAGUCCCUGCAGACCAGUUGUCCACCUGUAAGAAUUUGUAUUAUUUUGAUGGGCAGUUUUUUUUUUUUUUUUUAGCCAAAUUUCAGUAUGGGUAAGAACUUGUGUUCGUUAACCCAUUUUAGAAUGUGACUUCAAGUAUCUUAAGAGAAUGAAGGAUGAUUUUUUUGCACUUGUGAUUUUGUCACAAAGCACCACUGAAGUCGACCACUCCGUUAGUAUGGUAACGUAGAAAACGAGAGUCUCAUCGGGGCCGGUUUCAUAGGUUGAAAUCUGUGCCUUGAGGACCUAAUAGGAAGCCACUUGACUGGAGGUGCCAGGUGUGCCAAUGUAGCAUUAACCUCUGAUCUUUGACCUUUGGGCUCUGAUGUAUUUAUGUACAAAGUGGUUAAUUUAAUCAAAUAUAGUAUAUUAUGAAUUAUUAUUAUUAUUAUUAUUAUUAUUUUGAAUCUUACUAUUUUUCUAUGUGAGUAAGAGACACCUGGUUGACUGGAACGAUGGCUGACUACACAUUGUGUAGUUGCAGGGGGAUCAUUUAAGUGUUUUAUUUUUUAAUUUCUUUCUUCUUUUUUUUUCUUUCAGUCCUCCACUUUGACACAACAAACUCGAUUGCAUGUCUUUGCUAUUAUUUAAGUUUACUGUCAUUGUUGGUUUGGUCAACUAAUAGGUUCACAAGUCUCCAGUUUUACUGAAGUGCAGUAUUAAACAGACUUGAGUGGAAAAAUGGGCCUCCGACAGAACAAACAGUGAGAUGAGUGACUCAGACAGACGUUUUGGGAGUCGACGGUCUUAAUCGUACUGUAUAAUAUACUAAGAGGUGAUUUAUGAGCUUUGAAUAGUUCUUUAAUUCAAGAUCUUACGUAUGUCUGUUUCACCGAGUUGUGUUGUAACAUUCAUAAUGACUUACGGACUAACUCCCUAACCUAUUUACACUCAGUGUUCUGUACUGUAAAAUAUUUAUGCAUACAUUAAACUGCACUGAACCCCAUCAGUAUACGAUGAAUAGUGCCAGGUAGUUAGUGUAAAAUCAUUUGAUGGCAACAAAAAAAAAAAAAAACAACAUAGAUGCUCUUUAACUGUACUGUUUUUGUAGUUAAGGAUUAGAGGGACUUUUGUGUCAUUGUAGCCAACAUGUCCUCCAUAUUCAUUGUUUUCACUCAUUUCAGGUCUUUUCAUGGCUGUCGUUCAAAUAUAUAACUACCACACACUCUCUCCCUCCUUCUAUUUUGACGCCAGUGCGGUUAUAGGCACAGAUUAGUGUAGUGUUAGCGAGGAUAAAACUGAAUACAUCUAUGCAAACCAUCCUCCAUAAUGACUGUUGGCAGUGUUUAUGGCGCAGCAGCACUGAUCCUGACGAUCAGAUCGGCGCCACUGGGGAAAAAUGAAAUUUGUGCAUCAGUAGGUCUUUUUCUGAGCACUUCUUUCAGGCCCGUGGACGACAAUAUUUUAUGAGCAAUACGUCUUUGCAGCUCAUGUCUUGAAGAUAAUGUAAUUUCUCUUUGUUCAGAGGGCUCAAGAUGUCGUGAAGAUCAAAUUAAUCUCUCGCUAGCUUGUGAUCCCCUCCCCUCCGUGGAAACAGCACUUACCUCUGCAAUAUCGAGGACAAAUGGAGAAAUCCGUUUCUACCUGGUCCUUUGUGCAUUUCUGCAUUGAUCCCCCAAAUUGUCGUUCUUGAGUACAUUUUAUUGGGAAUGACCUCACUGAUGCAAAUAUUUAAAGAAGCAUUUCAGCUGUUUUUUUUUCUCCCCCAUACCGUUAUGUCUUUUUUGUGUUUUUAAGUUUACAUGUCACUCUCUGGCGAAAGUGAAAUAAAAUCAUAGCUAAUUGAAUUCAUUCCUUCAGAAUCUACAACUGAUGUAUUUAAUUGAUGAUGAUAAUGACAUUUGUGAUGAGUAAUAAACCAUAAUAUAUUAAAUCA